GUCAUUGACACCGUCCCCUUUGUCAUAUAUGUCCACAAGCGCUAAGAAUCAUAAAGAACAAAGCCACGAAUCUGAAUACCUUCUCAUGCAAUCCAUGGCUCCUAGACUUUUUAAGACGCCUAGCUCACUUUCUUUUGGAAACCCCUGGUUUUACCAGGACUCCCAUUCGAAUAUUCUACCAUCGAAUUUUAACUUUUCGCUUCUCUGACUCUUAUAUCUUUCAUCAUGGCUGAGCAGUGGUGGGAAUUUUUACAUAACAUGCUAUACAGCCAACCAUGGAUGCAUCAUAGCCUCGUAUAUGCCGAAACCAAUCCCUGGACAGAAUAUUUCAACUCCACCCCAAUGGAGAAAUCAGUGACAGAACAGAAGGACGUACAGUCCGGAACUCCACAUGUAACCAAUUUCAAUAUAACUGCUAGUCAGCUCAAGCAGCCGCAAGACAGCGCUCACAAGUCGGAUGUGCUGCCGCCGGGAGAAUCGGCUGCUUCGUGGCUAAAGAAAUAUAAAGAUAGCUUCAUCCAGAUUAAGCGAUCGGGCGCGCUUCGUCACCAUAGGUCGAAUGUACAGUUGCCGAGGGUGAGGAGUGUGGUGGAGGUAAGACAGACGCAGAGGCGUGACACGUUGGAUCGUCUGCUUAAUCUUGAUAAUCUUGAUAAUGGAGUGGUUUUGCCUAGGGAUCAGGACGAGCGGAAUGUACAGCAAGAUAGUAGUGUUCUAAAGCCGACAAGUCAGUGGCGAAACCGAGUAUACCGCGUGCAGAAACGGGUAGGCGAUUUCCUAAGGCGUGCUGGCGCUGUGGUGUAUCCUGCCUCGGGGGUGGAGAAGAAGCAUCUGGAUAUCUUCGAGGCGGAAACCAACCAAGACGAGAGUCUGCAACAGCAACAGCAGCAACAGCAAGUCGGCGAGGGCGAGCCAGUCCAGUACCCUGACCUGGGUGGCGAGCCAUCUAAACUCGGAGAAGCCACUCCCACUAAUAGCCAAGCCCAAGAGCACCAGGAGGUUAGCAACAACAACAACAACAACAACAACAACAAUAGUGGUAACAAAAUACCCCCCAUCCCAGAGAGUCUACUCGUAGAACUCCUCGGAGAGCAGGAGGCCAGACUUAUCGAGGAAAGGCUACAGCGACUCAGGGGGGAAGACGUUGCGCCUAGUAACAACAACGAUGAUGCGCCGGCCGCACCAACACCACCACCACCACCACCACCACCACCACCACCACCAUCUAAAAUCCUCACCCCAAGACCCUUCCACAUCAGCCAGGUAGCACAUCUAGCGCCCUCAUACAUCGCCGCACAAAAAGCACGACAGCGCCGCCAAGCCCCUCCCCCUCCCCUUCCCUCUACUACUUCUCCCUCGCGACAACCUCCUCAUCGUGGAGCGGGGGGUGCUAAUACCACCACCGCCACCACCACCACCACCAUCGCCACGCGCAGCGGAAAUAACAACGCACAGACACAAGUCGAUACCACCCAACCGCGCGCACCCAUACAGCCGCUGUGGAGAGGCGCCAGAGGAACUAGGGAGAUCUGGUUUGGCGUUGGGCCCGGGACCGGGAGGGACGUGGGUGGGCGGAAGGGGCAGGGGAGGAGGGUUUAACCUAGGGGCUUGGUGCUCGGAGCUUGAAGCUGGAAGCUG